UGGUCCUCUGCGCCGCCAGCCAGUCAUGCGGAUGGGAACGGGAGUGGGCAUCCGCUGGGCUGCACUCAACACAAACUCCGUGGAACGAUGCACGAAGAGGAGGAUGGCGCCGACACCAACUCUUGCUCGGCUCCUCGAAUCGUCCCCGCCAGGUCCGUGGACGUGGCGGAGCUGGAGGGGGCGAAGGAGCAGGCCUCCAAACUGUGCGGCUACUUGAGCAAACUGUCCGGCAAGGGGCCUCUGAGGGGCUACAAGCCGAGGUGGUUCGUCUACGACCCGAGGAAAUGCUACUUGUAUUACUUCAAGACGCCGCAGGACGUGCUGCCACUCGGGCACAUCGAGAUCCACGACGCGUGUUUCAGUUACGACGUGGAGGGGGAAGAGGGUCAGUUCGACAUCCGCACGGCUGGGAAGGAGUUUCUGCUCAAGGCUCCCACCAGGCAGGUGAUGCAUUUCUGGCUGCAGCAGCUUCAGCAGAAACGUUGGGAGUACAGCAACGCCAGAGGCUCGGGACAGAGAGACAGCUGGAGCUCGCCCACCAUGACCGUUCCGACGGGGCUUGUCGCCAAAGAUAACGAUGUGUUCCUGUUCGAGAAGCUCAGUGACAGCAUGGAGAAGGUGCGGAGCGACUUUGCGUUGGAGGCCGAGAGCGACGGGGGAGGAACCAUGGGCGGCCAGACGUCCCGGUCCUCGUCCACGUUGUCGGCAAACCCCCUCAACUUCUCCCUCAAAAACUUGGGUACAGAGCUCAGGAACUCCAUGUCUUAUCUGCGGCCCGGUCGCGGAGGCGAGCCGAGGCGCAGCGUGUUUUACACCACCAACAACAACAGCAGCAGCGCUGAGGACUGGGAGCUGCUGGAGGCUCCGGGCAAAGACUUCACUGAGCAGAAGCAUCACGACACUCACCGACAUUCCUUUGGUUCUGCCUUCACGCUGGACUUCGCCGGGCGACUGCGGAGACCUCUGCUGCGAGACGUGAGGUCCGGACGCAAUGCUGAGUCGCGCAGUGCCGAGAGCUCGCCGAUCGAAUCCAACGGCGUCAAACCGUUCGAGCUGCAGAUGCGCCUGCAGAGCCAGCAGGAGGAGAUGAACCGCAUGCAGCAGGAGCAGAGCAGACUCAGGGAGGAGCUGGCCAGUCACAAGGAGCUGGUGCGACUUCUGCAGCAGACCUUAAGAACCAGCCAGGGCGACCGCCAGCUGGUCCGCCGUCCGUCUCAGACUCCAGAUCCGUCAGCACCACCAGACCAGGACCAACCCUCAGCAGGGUCCCCGGAGAAGCUGCUGCAGGAACGGGACGAGCAGAUCCAGUCUCUCUGCGGCCACAUGGAGCGUCUGGCUCUGGAGAAGGAGAGUCUGCAGCAGGAGCUGAAGAGCCUGAAGGGGAAAGUGGGCGAGAUCAACGACCAGCUGGGCAUGUUGAUGGAGACCAUCCAGGCCAAAGACCAGGUCAUCAUGAAGCUGUCGCAGGAGAGUUCGGAGCAGAACAGCAGCCCCACUGACUCUGGAGCUCCGCCCUUGUUCAAGGAGCAGCAGGAGCUGGACGUCCUCAAGGACAGUCUGCAGGGCUAUAAAUCCCAAAAUAAGUUCUUGAAUAAAGAGAUUCUGGAGCUGACAGUGCUGCGCAGGAACGCUGAGAGCAGAGAGAAGGCGCUGGAAGCCAAGUACACUGCCCUGGAGGCCAAGCUGUGUCAGGUGGAGAGUAAAUAUCUGGUGCUGCUGCAGGAAGUGAAGACCCCCGUGUGCUCCUCCUCUGAGCAGAGUCCCGCUCAUGAGGUCAUAUCUCGGCUGUUGGAAGAUGCUCUGCAGGCUGAGAGCCCAGACCAGCAGGACCACCCCAUCUUCAAACCCAACAGCGUCAGUGAGUACGACGUGUUCGGCUUUAAGACUGUCCCAGAGGAGGAGGAAGAGGAGGAGAAACUGGUGGCCAAGGUGAGAGCCCUGGAGCUGAAGUCCCUGUCCAUGACGGACCAGGAAGUGUCCAUCGGUGUCAAGUGGGAGAACUUCCUGGCCGGGACCAUGAACAGAGACCUGGUUCGCUCGCCCGAACUCAAGGCUCUGAUUCGCUCGGGGAUUCCUCACGAGCACCGCUCCCAGAUCUGGCGCUGGUGCGUCUCCAGCCACGUGAAGAAGUUCCGUGACCAGUUGGCCCCGGACUACUACGAGACCCUGCUCCACGUGGCCCAGGAUAAACCCAACCCGGCCUCCAAGCAGAUCAACCUGGAUCUUCUGCGGACUUUACCCAACAACAAGCACUACUCCUCCCCGAGUGCCGCCGGCAUCGAGAAGCUCAGGAACGUCCUUCUGGCUUUCUCCUGGAGGAACCCAGACAUUGGCUACUGUCAAGGCCUCAACAGACUGGCAGCCAUCGCUCUGCUCUACUUGGAUCAAGAAGAUGCCUUUUGGAGUCUCAUCACCAUCGUGGAGGUCUUCAUGCCCAGGGACUACUACACCAAGACCCUGCUCGGUUCACAGGUGGACCAGCGGGUGUUCAAGGACCUGAUGAGUGAGAAGAUGCCUCGGUUGCAUGCACACUUCGAGCAGUACAAGGUGGACUUCUCACUCAUCACCUUCAACUGGUUCCUGGUGGUGUUUGUGGACAGUGUCGUGAGCGACAUCCUCUUCAAGAUCUGGGAUGCCUUCCUCUUCGAGGGGCCCAAGAUCAUAUUUCGUUUUGCUCUCGCUCUCUUCAAGUACAAAGAGGAAGAGUUCCUGAAGCUGCAGGACUCAACGGCCAUCUUCAAAUAUCUGAGAUGCUUCACACGCACCAUCAUAGACUCGAGGAAGUUAAUGAACAUCGCCUUUGUGGACAUGAACCCAUUUCCCAUGAGGCAAAUUCAGAACCGCCGCGCCUUCCACCUGGAGAAGGUGCGUCUGGAGCUCACGGAGCUGGAGGCCAUCCGGCAGACCUUCCUGUGGGAGAGGGAGGCGGCGCAGGACGGCCGCGCCUUCUACAGUGACGAUGAGGAGGACAGCUGAGAUGCUGAGGAAAAUUUCAGCCAUGACACUCGAGCUGGAGCUGAUCUCUGCCGGGCCAAACACAAGGCCACCUCUGAAGACUUUAGAGCCUUGACUGGCUUCUCCUCAGUAUUCCUGCACUUUGGCCAAACAUUCUGCUGGAAGGUGAUGGCCACCCUCUACGCAUUUAGUAUUUUUGAAGCAUCACAACAAAAUAUUAUACUACUAUUGCAUUGUUAUCAUAGUUUGCUGCAGUUUAUAUAUCAUAUGCUGCCUUCCUGUUUUUUUUUCCAUUUACAAGUUCAGCGUUUCUUAUUCAUAAUUAGCCCUUUUUUAUAACUGAAUCAAUGGUUUAAAUAUUGUGAUUAUUCUUUCCAAACCUGCUGGCGGGUACGAUGCUGAAAGGGCCAACAAAAAGCCUCUAUAUUUUUUGAAAAACAAGCGACACGCUUCCUUAUCUAGCGCUGAUACUAUUGCUGUAAUUACAUCACCCGUCCUCUUAGUGGCAGUGUUGCUGCGCAGCGAUGAAGACGCCGCUGUCCAGUGCAGCCCUUCAUUUUAAAGGCAGUCAGGCCGAGUGACUUCAGUCAGAGUGAAAGGGAAUGUUUUUUUAAAGAGACCUUUCUGGAGUCUGAAGUCCUUUUACUGAAAAGUAGCGAGUCAUUGGCUGAAAAAUGUGGCAGGGAAAACUUCAAUGAUUCAAUGAAAGUUACAUUCCAACUAGGGCUGGGACUUUAAGAGAUGAAUGUUGUUUACUCAAGUAAUGACAGACAAAAAAUAUCGAUACAAAUGACCCAGAUUAAUUGUAUAUAAACUAUUUUCCAUGGAUAGUCAGUGCUCCGAUUGCAGGUGCACUGCAUUAUACAAUGUGACGUCAUGACCAAAACAUUACUGAUGCAGGAGACUGAAUGAUUUUGCGCUCAGUUGAAAAAAGGAAAAAAAAUAUAAUUGAAGCACAAUGAUGUGGGAAAAAAAUUGUGAACCGUUAGCUCACCACUAGGCCACUUCCUUCCUGAUGUUAGACCUCAUUUGAACAGUUUCCACUUCAGUUCGAUCAUGCUGGUGUCAAUACAACAUGGUUAAUGGUCGUUUAUUCAUUAUAAAACUCCUCAUUAAUUCAUUUUUCUUUCAAAGUCCCAGCCUUAAUUCCGAACUGGUGGCAUAGAGAAGCCAUAUAUCUGCUGGUGAAUGGUGUUCAUGGUUGCACAUUUGGUUGCCUCUUCUCUGAAUGUGAGAGAAAAGUGGUCGUGACCAUGCUGGUCUUGUAUUUGGAACAUCAGAACGUGAAUCACUGCCAUAUUUGAGUUGUGUUUUCACCAUCAACAGAGCAUGAACGGCUCAGCCGAAGGUCAAGCGAUCAAACUUUUUGGGAGCAAGAAUUCCACUCUUGGGUACGAUGGGUUGCGGCGUGACCAUCUUUUUGACCGUCUUCACUUGAGUCUAACUGUUUACAUGUUCCACAUGAUUUGUUGGGCCCCUCAGUGUUGCUGCCCCUGUCGCCCAUGCUGCGACUGAAACUGGCUUCUCUGGACACGCACAGUCUUAGAUGUCAAUACACUGUUGUGUUGGCCUUUCCACCCCCGUGUGCUGUUGAAGCAGACUCUCCUCACACAAUACACAGCACUUCUUUGGUGCGGAAAUCAAUGUGUUCAAUGGUACAGCAUUUCUUUUGCAUCUGUAUGUAAGUUUCAAUAAAUA